AUGACCUCCAAUGCUUCUGCUGUUGGAUCUUUGGUAGAAGUUAGCGCUUUUAACGAUGAGUUGAGUUUAUUGGCGGCUACUCUUAUCCUUACAUUCGGUGUUUUUGGAGUUACAACGAAUUUGUCCAUUGCACUGAUUUUUUACAAAGAAAAGUCAGAGAGAACUGCUUUCAAUUUGAUUUGUGUAUUUCGAGCAGUUUCCAAUGUUAUUAUACUAUCAGCAACGUUUUUGCUUGUAUUUUUCGCAACUCAUGGCACGAGAAAUAACGGAAGUAUUAUGGACAAAGAAGCUAGGAGAAAAAUGAAGAGAAACAUUAUACUGUUUUUUCAAACGAUGCUCCAAGAUUCAUUAUAUUUGAUCGAUCUCACAUUCACUUUUAAAUUAAGCGGAUUGAGCACUCAUCGUUUCUGGACGUUUAUAAGUGGAACGCUCGUUUGGGAAUGCAUACAUUCUGUUGAUGGAUUCAUAAUGAUGAUGUUUAACGAGCGUCUCAGUUUUCUCAAGAAACGAAUUCAACCAGCAUCUUCUGUCACAAACGUUCAAUCAGCAAGACAAAACAUGGCUUCAACUAUCUUGUCAACUGUUGGAUAA